CAUUCAUGGUUUAGGAAUGUGCGACUAAAAAUUCCUUUGGCACAGUACACGUAAGACAUGACAGGGAAAGCAUUGUAAAUGGUAAGACAGACAGAGAGACAAGAAAAACACACUGGUGAAACAAAACAGGAGUUAUCCGAAUCUAACAACACACGUCAGAUUGGCGCGGAAUAAAUGUCAACGCUCUCCAUUUUCUCUCUCUCUCUCUCUCUAAGCCUUCCUUUCUCCAUCAAUUUGUAACGCCACCGAUAUUCAUAUAUAAUAAUCCCUCGUGACCCAUUUUCUGCCAUAUUCAGUUAUUCACAAUCCCAGACAGAGACCCAAACCAACCGGAACGAGAAUGAAACUUGUUUGGUCCCCAGAGAAGGCAUCCAAAGCAUACAUCGAGACAGUGAAAUCAUGCCGAAUUUUCCAGGAAUCGGGGGUGGCGGAGCUGGUGUCGGCGAUGGCGGCGGGGUGGAACGCGCAGCUGAUCGUGGAGACUUGGUCGGAGGGGGGAAUGAUAGCGACGAGCGUGGGGUUGGCCGUGGCCAAGAGUCACACGUGCGGGAGGCACGUGUGCGUGGUGCCGGAUGAGAGGUCGAGAUCGGAAUACGCGGAGCGGAUGGGAGAGGCGGGGAUGUGGCCGGAGAUCGUGGUGGGGGAUGCGGAGGAGGUGAUGGAGGGUUUGGCGGGGAUAGACUUUAUGGUGGUGGACUCCAGGCGCUCCAACUUCUCCAGGGUACUGAAGGUGGCUAAGCUGAGCAACAAAGGCGCAGUGCUGAUAUGCAAGAACGCGUGCCACACGAGCAAUAGCUCUAUUGCUUCUGCUGGUUUUCGAUGGCGCGGUGUUCUGGAAGAAGGGUCGCGUCGUCUUGUACGUUCCGUGUUUCUUCCUGUGGGGAAGGGACUUGACAUAGCACACGUGUCCGCCAUUGGAAGUUCUGGUGCUACAAAGAAAUGGAUUAAACAUGUUGACCAACUGUCAGGGGAGAUGCACGUUAUUAGACGAUGAAUUCGCCUCCC